CCCAUGUGCGAUUUUGCCUGAUACUAGCGUAAACCAGCCAAUCGCAUGCAAAUCAGGAUCGAAGAGAUUCCCAAUUCACGCCCGAUCACGUGCAGUCGCACCCUUGGGCCAAUGUUAGUCCGGACAACGUCGUACGGUUCAAACUUCCUGGAAACGUGCCGAAUACGACGGCCAGAAUUCGCGAGAAAUACCUGCACUUGAGUCGAAUAGUCACAGAAUGAAUCCCGGAGACGUCGUUCAAUCUCGCUUUGUUAAUGCGCUACGAACUCAAGGAAAAGCAGAAUAUCCGCUUGCCAAUGCUCUCCCUUGCCCGUAUCCCGGCCACCAUGGAAGAAUAUUUCAAAGCGUCGACCAGCUCUUCGACCACGCCAAGGCUGAGCACAAUGCCGAAAUCGGGAGUCUGGAGCCGCGGCAAGCACGCGCGCAGUUGAGAGAGGCCGCCCUAAAGCUCAGGAGAUCUGAUCAGUCAUCAGAUGCCACAGUAGGGGACCGGUCAACGCCUGACAUGACCAGAUUGUCUUUGGAGCCAGGCAAAGAACCACGUCAGUCGUCACCUCCAUUUGGCAAAAAGCGACGGGCCGACGACGAAUUCCAAGGUCGUCGAGGAAAGACUCCCUCUCACGUGGAAGUUGCGGACACGGAAUAUUCAAGACAGAUACCUUACACCAUCGCAUCAGACCGGACAAGGCCCAAGACGCAAGAUCCCCGCCUCUUUGACCCAAAACAGGUUGUUAAAGGUACCUCGUCCCCCUAUCAAUCCACGCCGGAGCCCUCAAGUGAUUGGUCAGUCGAGGGAACCAAAAGUAGCCAGUUCCAGCCUUCGCAGCCUCAGUCUCCUGCGCGCCAACUACCUCAGCGGACUGAUCCUAAGCUACAGCAUCCUCCGCGUCAACCCGGCCUCAUCGAGUUGCAAAAAUUUGAUCCUCGCUAUCCUGGAUUGUUACUUCAGCCUGAUAGCCGUCCGAUAUCCCAGGAGCAGCUUGCAUCUGAAGUGAAGUCCAUAUACGCCGGCUUAACUAUGGUCGAGACCAAGUGUAUACAUGUUGACCGUGCCCAAGCUGCUGCUGCCCAAGACAACUCUGACACCAAGCUAGCUUCUGAUCAUUGGCAGGCACUAAUUGCUCUUCAUCGUACUUUGCUCCAUGAACACCAUGACUUCUUCUUGGCUAGUCAACACCCCUCUGCCUCUCCGGCACUUCGCCGGCUCGCAGCUAAGUAUUCAAUGCCAGCACGCAUGUGGAAGCAUGGCAUUCACUCUUUUUUGGAGCUUCUUCGCCGCCGUCUUCCUGAUAGUAUCGACUAUAUGCUGGCAUUCAUCUACUUGGCUUACCAGAUGAUGGCUCUACUUUACGAAACCGUGCCGGCGUUUGAGGACACAUGGAUCGAAUGUCUUGGCGACCUUGGGCGGUACCGAAUGGCCAUUGAGGAUGAAGACAUCCGAGAUCGAGAGACUUGGGCAGGUGUGGCGCGUUCUUGGUAUACCAAAGCAGCCGACAAGAACCCUACCGUUGGUCGUCUUUACCACCACCUAGCGAUUCUGGCACGCCCUAAUGCCUUGCAGCAGUUAUACUACUAUUCUAGAUCGCUGACUUGUGUUAAACCAUUUCCUAGUGCUCGCGAGUCCAUACUUACUCUUCUGGAUCCGAUUCUUGGUCGUGCUAUUGCAACUUAUUCGCACGCGUUGCCGAUCGAUACCAAUUUUAUAAAGGCGCACGCCUUACUCUUCGAGAAGCUCUCUUUGGAAGAGUUUGAGAAGAGCAUGCGGGACUUUACCAACAAUCUAGACAACCAUAUUGGUCGCGUGACGGCAAAGUGGAAAGAGCAAGGUGUCUAUAUCGCCGUCACUAAUGUUGCUGGCUGGUUCGAUUACGGAGUCGAUGAUAACGCGCUUCGUCAAGUCUUUCUCACACAACUUUACGAAAAGUCUAAGAACUCGCCUCCUAGUAAUCCUGACGAGAUCCGCACCGCAUCACCUGCUGAUCAACAGGAUCCGAUGCCACCAUCGAUUACCGAAUCUGAAAUCCCUUCAAAGGUCAACACUCUUUCCUCACAACCCACAUUUGUCAACGCCCAGUCUAUUACCCACGAUACUUUCGCCCUUGUACUCCGGCGAAUCGGCGACAAGAACGUGCUUCCUCACGUACACAUCAUGCUCUCUUUCCUUACCACUUUCGCUACCAGUAAAUACGUUUCCCAUCUCCUGGCCGACUCUCCUUGGGCCGAACUAGUUGCCUUUUUGAAUACGUUAGUCAAGACCGAAAACCAAAUUCAUGUGCAAUCGCAAAGUCGGAGUCAGGCACAAGACCUCAACACGUUACUUUCUGCCGACGUGUUCCCCGGAGAUGGCGAGCGAGCUGAUGAGCUGCCGCUACCUGAGGAUUAUCUUGUAAGGGGAUUAAUAUGGGCGCAAGACUAUUUCCCAAAGAAGUGGUUUGAGAGAGAGCAUGAUGAGGAAGAACGGUACUUGGAGUUGGCGAGCACGGUGAAGAGCCGUAUGGAGAGGGUGCUCAGGCUUGGUUAUCAACUUUCUACUUAUAAUCGCUGGAUAUCAUACGAUAAAAACAACCAUACGUUUUCGGUCAUCGGCUCUCAGUCUACCGGAAGUCUUGCAUGACCACAAACGUCCCAAAUUUAAAAGAUUUUGCUUCUCAUUCUAGUGCAGUAUAUGGGAUCUCGUUGUAUGUCUCAGGGCUCUUGCGUGCCGCCCCUGUCUUGUUACAGCCUCACUGGCUUGCAUGUUGGGGGCUCAAGUGCAGCAGAGCAAAUCAGAUAUAUGGUCCUUUGGUUGUGUGUUUCUAGGGAGGCCGUCAGAGGGAAAGGGAUACAAAUUGACAUACCCGCAGCCUCUGGUCAAUCUAGUUGACGUGUCGCGGUCACGG